GUCUACGACCUAGGUAUUCAGCCUGAAGUCCUUUACGCCGACUGCAUAACAUCUGUGUACACUUGCACAAACAGCUACAAGAUCAAUAACCUCAAACUCAACUUUGAUAUCAACCCUCUCUCGCUACCUGUCAAGCCGAGGUCUUGGUCCUACAAGCUACAAGCGACAUACAUACUAUCGGCCUUCACCUCACGCCUCUCUUCGAUAUUGGAUUGGACUACCUACCUAUUUUAUCCCGUCUUACCCAAUCGUGUAAGACUGUCGGUUGUACCAUCUCAUCUUACUUGCUUGUAUCAACGGCCGCAUUCCUCAAGGUUUUCGAAAGUGGAAGCUUGCACCCGUUUCACCGGACAGGCUGAACUCGAUUCUAAUACACGUCUUGCCGGUCGUGUCGGUCUUGUCGGCGACAUAUCAGACUAUUGGAUUUUCUGGAUCUUACGCCUACUCUUUCACGGAAACAAGGAAGCCAGGGAGCGAACACUGCCUUUUUUCUACCGAUCAAGAUUUGGCUUCCGUUGCUACCUAGAUCCUUCGAACCUUUUUCUUCCGCUACGAACUUGUUUUGUGGAAGAUUCUCUGCUUUAUUCCUUUCUUGAUUUAUCGGUCUAUCUCUCGACUGGGUAUCUAUCUCUCUAUCUAAUCCUUAUCAAUUAUCUACCCCGCCAUUCGAAAUAAGCUCCCUGGGAAGCCUUUUGGCGACGGAAUAAUAAUAAAUUGCAUUCCUGCUUUGCCAUUUUGAUUCGCAGAGAGCUCCAUGUUCUUGGAAAAUACGAUUGUCCUCCAUCUCUCACUCUCGGUCGGUCAAAUUACUACACGCGAGCCUUCCAUCGCUCUGGUACGUCGAUAAUCGUCACAAAGUUGACGGAAGCACAGCACCGCACAGCACAGCACAGCACAGAAUAAAGACGAAGAGUGUAUUCGCUUCUUCGCUGCUAUCUGACAGGUAAUAAUAAGGCUGGCAUCUGGCAUCUAUUCCACAUCGAGUUAGGAAUUUUAUGCCAUUAAUUCGUUCCACCGCAAUCGCCCCUCCAUUCGCUCUGCCAGGCAUCUUAUAAAGAAGAAGCUUGGGACCCGACCCGAUCAACUUCCUCUUGACCUAUCAAUACCUGCUUGACUCGUGUAGUCACAUCUACAACAUAUACACAUACCCAUACCCUUACCUAUAGCAACACCACCCUCCCACCAUUGUCUACACACACACACACAUAUACAUCCAUACAACGCUCCCACUGCCACAUCAAGGCGAUCGAAUCAAACUCCAAUCCGAUCGUUGUCCGAUAACUACCCGGCAGCGUGCAUGCCCUUUUUCACUCGAUAAUAAAAUCACCGAACAAUUCUUCCACUUCCAUAUUUGACAUCGCUAGACGCGGUUCAUUCGUCAUUACAUUGCGCCAAGUCCCGAAGUGGCCGACCAUCCACCCCGGAUUUCCACAGCACCAGGGCAAGAGAGGAAGGAAAAUCUCGUCUCGCUCGACAUUGCAGAAUCCGAGCCAAUCCAUCCAUUCAGAAGAGGGAAAAAGAAAAGGAUUCGAAGACGACAUCAUACCCAGCAUUGAGGGAAAUUUCAGGGAAAAAAAACUCUAAACAAUUAUUCACUCGUAGUCUUUUUUCUCUCACACAGCGUUGCGUUGCGUCGCGCUAAAAAGAUUUCACUCAGUAAAAUAGCCUCAUCCCUCGGACAGUCACACUCAAUCCUCCUCGCCCUCGUCCUCUUCCUCCAUCGAACCUCUCACCAGAACGAGCUUCUUUCCUGUCGGUUCGUGGUGGCAUCACACACAAAUAUUCACAUUCACAGACCAAAAAGUUAAAUGUUCUGCACCUUACUGCACUUGUCGAAUCAGCCAGUCAAUAGAAAUCACCCGGUGCAACCCUCGGCCAUCGCUACCGAGAGUUAAAAAGAAAAGGUUAUCCCUCCCUCCCCCCCACCGCCUUUCAACGAAAUAUCGUGAGUUAUCCCACACAACGGCUGUUUUGGCACACAUUUUUGGGAAAUUCCUCUCCCCAAUCAUAACUUCUCCGCCUUUUUCUAGCGCACUCUAGAAAAGGUAACCUUCCUUCCCCUCUUGGGUUGACAACUCAAUCAUUCUUCCUUCAUUCUUCUCCCAUCUUUUUUUACUCUGCUCGGACUCGUCAAAGAAAGAAGAAAGACUGAAUACUGACCAUCUCUCCGACAAGGCCCCCUCGCGAUAAUAAAUUUAUCACUUCGCCCUGCCUGCCUUAUCAGCCGAAUCAAAGACCACAUAACCGUCGUGGCCCUUAUUUAUCCAACGCCGAAGCUCAAAGGAUUGCAAGACGAUCGAUAGGAUUCAUUUACGCAGGAGUCAGCAUCAGCUUCAUUCCCGCUUACAUCUUCGAAACUCGACAGCCGUCUGCCCGCAUAUAACGAUCACCUUUUGUUCAAAAGAGGUGCAAAUACAAACCAACAACCACGUACAAGACAUAUAACUUCCUCAAAGACCUUAUAGUCAGGCGUCAAAAUACACAAAAUGGCUGGCGCGGGUGCAUUAAGCCCAUUUAUCAAGGACGAGCCGGAUGACCAAUUCUUCUCCUCUCACAACCAAAGGUUCAUGUCGAACCCACAAAGUUUCGGUCUCACGCAGACACACUUCAAUCAAUUCGGCUCACAUGGAGGCAGCAUCAAUCCUAAUGAUUUGAAUGUUGCCAGCAAUGCCAUGUCUAUUCCAAACAGUGGAUACGGUACCUCCUUCCAAAACAACUUCACGACUCAGCCAUCGAACCCAAGCGCAAGCUUCUCAAAGGGCAUCUCGACCUUUGGCGAUGACGAACUGCUAGAUAGUCUAGACACCUUGAAUACCCAUGGCGGUAUGCAAAACGGUGGUCAAGACUUUGGCAUGGAAUUCGACUUCAACAACGGACACAACAUCUAUGCAAGCAAUAAUGGAAAUGGCUUGGCUGUUGACCCAAACAUGAAUGGCUAUUCAAAUACUCCAGAUGGCGAUCCUAUCCAGAGUCCCUUUGUUCACAAUUUCAACCAUGCGCAAUUUAGACAUAUGCAAACCCAACACAACUUUAGCUCGUCGCUGCAGUCCCCUGCUUCAUACGCAGGCUCGCCAUUAAGUGGUGCGGACUUGCACAAUGGAGCUGGAGACAGCAGCUUCACCAAGCAACAACGGCCAAGAUUGAGUCAAGUGGGAUCCGGAAGAAGACAAUCGAGCACUAGAAGCCCACUGACACCGAAAACUCCGGUGAUAUCAUCUCUCAACAUUGGAUCAACGGAUCACUCAAGCUUUCCCACUCAGCCAAUUCGCACCAACCAUGCCCACCGACACCAAAAAACUUCGUCCAAUCAAUGGGAUCAGCCACCGAAUAGCCUUGGUUCCUUCCCAGGUUCCGAGUUCGGUUCUCCUAUCCAAGGAGUUCAUCCAAACCCUCAAAUCUCCGACAUUCUUAAGGGUACUUCGAUGCCAACCAAACUCAACAAUGGACACGGAGCAGCGAAUGCACCUGGUUUGCAAUCCCAAGAAAUGAAGAGAAGACGCCGACGGGAGUCACACAAUCUUGUUGAAAGAAGAAGGCGAGACAACAUCAAUGAGCGCAUUCAAGAAUUGAGCCAUCUUGUUCCCUUGCAUCGACUUGAGGAUGAGAAAGUACGCAAAGCCAUUAUGAACAACUCUCCUUUGUCUCCAAGUCUCACGGCUGUAUCACAACCACCAAAUGGAAUAAGCCCUCCUCAAGCUACUUCGGGUCUUGCCGGUCCUGGUGCCAGGAGAGCCACAGGCAAUAUCACUACCGGUAUUCCAAUCGAGGAAAAAGACAAGGGUCCAAAUAAGGGUGACAUUCUUAAUGGAGCUGUAAGCUGGACUCGAGAUCUCAUGUGGAUGUGUCAUCAUCAGGCUCAACAAAUGGAAGAUCUAGCCAAUCUCAUCGCUGAAUUGGGAGGAACAUGGCCAUACGAGAAAACUGAAGAUGAGAAGCGCAUGCAUACCGAAUUGAUGGAUGCUAUGACGAAGAAUGGCGAGGCUAGUUUCGAAUACACCCGACGUCCAGGUACAGGUUUAAGGGUACCCAAACACACCGACUAUAGAGGUGAACCAGACCGUGGCUCCAACUUUUCUCAACUUGACAACUCUCUAAGUCCUGACAACCAUAGCAGUACAGAUGUUGGUCAAACUGGUAUGGGUGGCCCAGGACAAUACUGGAGCGGUCACAAUAGUGGAGGUAGCGGUCCUGGCUCUAUUGGUGGUUUCAAGGAAGAGGAUGAAUACAACAUGGAUCUCGGACAAUGAGGAAUCUAUACUGUUGUUCUAUGAGCAAUUAGUUGUUCACCCGUGAGGGAUUUUUCUUACGAUUUUUAAGGCAAAGCAACAAGGCAUUGGUUACCAGUUUGCAUGCACUUUUCGCUUCGCAUUUGUGUUUUUAAUUAAAUGGUGUUUUUUCAUCUUUGCAUUUAAUGGUAGUUAUGGGGCUUGAUUUGGCUUGGUGUUGCUUGCGGUUUGAACAUUGCUCGCAGAAGGCGAGUCAAUCAUGUGGAUGGAAUAUGGAUAUUAAUGGCUUGACGAUAAUGGCUUUGACGAUAUGGGUUGGAAUUUAUAAUUUGUUGGAGAUGGAUAUUGGUUUUACUUGCAUGCAUCACUUUUUUUAUUCGGUUUUGGUUUUUCACUAUCUACUUGCAUCUAUCUUUGCGGUUUGGGCUCCUUCACAUGAUACCUGUGCAUCGGAAUACCGAUGUUUGCCUGUUGUUUUUCCUAUGUUACUUGACGACUGGAUGGAUUCACGACUAAACGGGUUUACGAGUAAAUGGACUGGAUCGUCAGGAUUGAAUGGGGCUCUUUUUCCAGCAUUUGAUUUGCUACCUAUUUUCUUUUAACCCCCGCACAAUACCUUAGCUAGCUUAGUUAGUACUUGUCAUCUGUUCUGCCCUUCUGGUAGAUUGGAUUUCAAAAGGCAUUCACAAGUUGCUUAUCAACGAAUGGAAUACACGAAAUGCACCCCA